AUGACUUCUGGAGGGAACCAUAGCACUGGUGUGACAGAAUUCGUCCUGGCUGGUUUCCCCAGUGUCAACAGCACAAAAGCAGAACUGUUUUCUGUCUUUCUUCUCGUCUACCUGCUGACUCUAACAGGCAAUGUGCUGAUCAUUGGAGUGAUAGGAGCUGAUACUCGCCUGCAUACCCCCAUGUACUACUUCCUGGGUAACUUGUCUUGCCUAGAGAUCUUCCUCACAUCUGUCAUUAUUCCCAAGAUGCUGAACAAUUUCCUGUCACGGCACCACACAAUUUCCUUUGCUGCAUGCAUCACCCAAUUUUACUUUUACUUCUUUCUUGGGGCCUCUGAAUUUCUACUGUUGGCCGUCAUGUCUGUGGACCGCUACCUGGCCAUCUGUCACCCUCUACACUAUCCAGUGCUCAUGAGUAGUGCUGUGUGCUUUCGGAUGGCCCUGGCCUGCUGGAUGGGUGGGCUCCUCCCUGUGGUUGGCCCGACGGUGGCAGUGGCUUUGCUUCCUUUCUGUAAACAGGAUGCCGUAGUGCAGCACUUCUUUUGUGACAGUGGCCCUCUGCUCCGCCUGGCAUGCACCAACACCAAGAAGCUGGAGGAGACUGACUUCGCUCUUGCCUCUCUUGUCAUCAUAACCUCCCUGCUGAUUACUGUUAUGUCCUAUGGCCACAUUGUCUUGACUGUUCUGCGCAUCCCCUCUGCUUCAGGUCGUCAAAAGGCCUUCUCGACCUGUACCUCCCACUUGAUGGUGGUGACCCUUUUCUAUGGAAGUGCCAUUUUUCUCUACGUUCGGCCAUCCCAGAGUGGCUCUGUGGAUACUAAUUGGGCAGUGACAGUGGUGACAACGUUUGUGACUCCUCUGCUCAAUCCAUUCAUCUAUGCCCUGCGCAAUGAGCGAGUCAAGGAAGUUUUAAAGGACAUGUUUAAGAAGGUGGUGACAAGCUUUUGGGGGGAUGUCUUUUUUGCUAAAAGUUUCAAUAAGAAAAUAAGAGGUGGACCAAAGAGAUAG